GAUGAUGAUGAUGAUAAUGACGAUAAAGGUUGUGAUGAUGUUGAAGGUGCUGAGGAUGAAGAUGAUAGUGUCGGUGAGGAUGAUGAUGUUAACGAGGAUGGUGAUGAUGAUAAUGACGAAGACGAUGAUGAUGAUGGAGGUAACUGUGACAGUGAUGAAGAUGAGAGUGGUGAUGAUGAGGAAGGUGCUGAGGAUGAAGAGUAUGAAGUUGGUGAUGGUCAUAAUGAUGACGUUGAGGAGGAUAUAGAGGAUGAUGUCAAUGAUAAUGACGCUGGCUUUUCUGAUGCAAUAAUCGACAUAAACAUAAAGGCACGCAAUAAAACUGAGGAGGAAGAAGAAUCUGGACGUGAUGAGAAUGCAGAGGCGAGGACAAGGAAACGAAUGAGGUUAAGCCCUGUGUAG